UUUUGGCUGAACAGUGAUUAAUGGGGCAGGAGGCUGGGCAUCUCUGGGUAGGCAGCAGGGGAGGAGAUGGGACGUCCUGCCCCCGCAUAUAAAAGCGCAGUGCGACUCUGCCGGCCGUCCUGUUGCUUUAUUUCCUGCACCCAGCUCCAAGACCCUUGUGAACCCCAGGAGGAGAGAGACCAAGAAAGAGAGCAGAAGGCAUAAGACGAGCAGCCAUGAGCCACUCCACAGUCCGCACCUCUACUUCUUACCGCCGCACCUUUGGGGGUGCCACCCCCAUGACCUCCUUCUCCCCCAUCUCAUCCCGGCUGUCCCUUUCAGGGGGGCGCUACCUGAGCUCGGCAUCCCCCGUGUCCGUGUCCCGCUCAGUGGGCUACCGGGUCCGCUCCAGCACGCCCGCCCCGCGCCUCUCCUACGACAAGGUGGACUUCUCCCUGGCUGAGGCCGUCAACCAAGAGUUCCUGACCACCCGGAGCAACGAGAAGGCGGAGCUGCAGGAGCUGAACGACCGCUUCGCCAACUUCAUCGAGAAGGUGCGCUACCUGGAGCAGCAGAACGCCACGCUGCAGGCCGAGCUGGCCCGCUACAGGGGCCAGCAGCAGGAGCCCAGCCGGGCUGGCGAGCUCUUCCAGAAGGAGCUUCGCGAGCUGCGCAACCAGCUGGAGGUCCUGGGCAAGGAGAGGGACCAGUUCCAGGUGGAGAGGGACAACCUGGCCGAGGACCUCGCCCUCCUCAACCAGAGGCUGGAGGAUGAGGCUCAGAAAAGAGCAGAUGCUGAAAAUAACCUUGUUCUCUUCCGCAAGGAUGUGGAUGAUGCCACCCUGUCCCGCCUGGAGCUGGAGCGCAAGAUCGAGUCUUUGAUGGACGAGAUUGAGUUCCUGAAAAAGGUGCACGAUGAGGAAAUUCAAGAGGUCCAGGUGAGCGUGCAGACCCAGCAGCUGCAGGUGGAGAUGGAGAGCCCUAAGCCUGACCUGACCGCUGCCCUGCGGGACAUCCGUGCCCAGUACGAGACCAUCGCCUCCAAGAACAUGCAGGAGGCCGAGGAGUGGUACAAGGCCAAGUUUACCGACCUGACAGACUCCGCCAAUCGCAACACGGAGGCGCUGCGACAGGCCAAACAGGACGCCAACGAGUCCAGGAGGCAAAUCCAAUCCCUCACCUGUGAGAUCGAAGCUCUGAAGAGUACGAAUGAAGCCUUGCUCAGGCAGAUGAGGGACAUGGAGGACCAGUUUGCAGCCGAGGCGGCUGGAUACCAGGACACGGUGGCCAGCCUGGAGCAGGAGAUCCGCCACCUGAAGGAGGAGAUGUCCCGCCACCUGCGUGAGUACCAGGACCUGCUCAAUGUCAAGAUGGCCCUGGACAUUGAGAUCGCCACCUACAGGAAACUGCUGGAGGGCGAGGAGAGCAGGAUCGCUGUACCCAUUCACAACUUUUCUUCAAUGAGUAUCCGAACUGCUGCCGACGUGGACCAUACCCCUGAUACACACAGUAAAAGGACGGUACUGAUAAAGACUAUAGAGACUCGUGAUGGGGAGGUGGUGAAGGAGUCCAGGAAGGACAAAGAAUUUGACAGAGACAUUUAGAGGUGCAGCCUGAUGCUUGUUCCAGUCCCAAGGGGGAAGAGCACGAAAGGGGAAAACAGAGAAAAGGAGAAUCCCUGAGCC